GGCUUGCACAAAACAGUCCAUACGUCAGGGAAGUUGAGUCAAAAUAUUGGUUCUUGUUUUUUGUGUGCGUCCGAACGCCAUUUCUCCCUUAAAAAACAAAUUAAAUCAUUAUCAUUACUAUACUCUUGGUCACAAGAUGACGUCAUAUACCACCCGAAGCUCCGUUCUUUGAAGCUGAGCUUUCGCUGCACCUACUGUCGGUAAAUUGCAGUGUCUCCCUCAACAAGGAUUCUCCAAAUUGUCAUCGGUACAAGUUUAUUGCAGUGAGCCAUUCCAGCGAGCUAGAAUGCUAACAUGAUGCUCAACCCAUCCGGCGGCGGCGGGUCCUCGGAUGACCAACAAAAAUCGGCAGCCGUGUGGCCAAAAAUAAGCUUGUACAGAGGCCCCCAAUGUGGACACAAGACCAACCCCAUCAGUGUCAUCCUGGUGAGCUCUGGCAGCCGCGGGAACAAGCUGCUUUUCCGCUACCCUUUUCAACGAAGCGCCGAGUGCGCGUCAUCCCACACAGCGAAACAGCGGAAUCGCUACGCAUUGAAUACGACAAGAGAAGCAGAAGAUCAGGAUGGAGAUUCAAGCGAGCCAUCUUCAUUAAGUGACGAGCAGUUGGUAGCCGGGUUUUCCGACAGCAUCCUUGCAACCAUCCUGGCCACCAAGUCGGACAUGUGCGGCAAGAAGUUUGAGCUGAAGAUCGACAAUGUUCGCUUUGUGGGCCACCCGACUCUACUGCAGCAUCCGCCCAUCAUUCAGGUACCUAAAACAGAUCCUUCCCCCAAGAGGGAGAUGCCCACCAUGAUCCUAUUCAACGUCGUGUUUGCUCUGAGGGCCAACGCCGACCCCUCGGUCAUCAGCUGCAUGCAGAACUUGUCUCGCCGGAUCGCCAUCGCGCUGCAGCACGAGGAGCGGCGCUGCCACUACCUCACCAGGGAGGCUAAGCUCAUGCUGGCUGUGCAGGACGAGAUCACCACCGGCAGCGAAAUGUGUCCACAGUCACCGUUCAGACAAAUUCUGCCCAAGUGUAAGCUGGCCAAGGACCUGAAGGAAGCGUAUGACAGUCUGUGUACGACCGGUGUGGUGCGGCUGCACAUCAACCAUUGGCUGGAGGUGAGCUUCUGCCUCCCGCACAAGAUCCACCGCAUCGGAGGCAACUACAUCCCGCCUGAGGUGUUAGAGCGCAGCCUGAAGGCCAUCAGGCCCUAUCACGCCCUGCUGUUGCUGGAAAGCGAGAAGGAGCUCUUGGCCCAACUUCCCGUCGACUGCUCGCCCGCCAUGAUGCGCCUCAUCAAGACGUGCUCCGCGGUGAAGAACCUGCAGCAGCUGGCUCAGGACACUGACCUGGCCCUGCUUCAGAUCUUCCAGAUUGCAGCCCACCUGGUUUACUGGGGCAAGGCCAUCAUCAUCUACCCUCUGUGUGAGAACAACGUCUACAUGCUGUCCCCUCACGCCAACAUCUAUCUAUUCUCGCCUCAGGCCGAACAGUUUGCGCAGCAGUUUCCCGGUCACGACCUUCCUUCCAUGUUGGCCAAGUUUUCCCUGCCUGUCUCUCUGGCCGAGUUCAGGAACCCCCUGGAAGCUCCCGCGCAAGAGGCUCUGCUGAUCCGGAUGGUGGUGUGGAUGCUGCAACGCCGCCUGCUCAUCCAGCUGCACACGUUUGUCUGCCUCAUGGUGCCGCCCGCCGAAGACGAGCCUACUUACAGGGACGACGACUUGCCACCGGCCGCGCGGAUCGCCGGUGGCCGAAGUCUCGGCACCCCGAGCGCCCUCAGCUUUGGAUCCCCAACCAGCAGCGACGACAUGACCCUGACCAGCCCCAGCAUGGACAACUCCAGUGCCGAGUUGGCCCUCGGCGGCGACGACUCUCCCCUCAACAAAAGGAUCUUGCUGACCGAGACCCUGCUGGCCAGCCUGUCUGACCACGACAGACAGUACAUCCUCAACAUCCCCGCUGCGCAGAACCAGGAGGAUCUCCGCAUGUUUGCCAGGCUGCUGCACUACUUCCGAGGCCACCACCACUUGGAGGAGAUCAUGUACAAUGAGAACAUGCGACGCUCUCAGCUCAAGACGCUCUUGGACAAGUUCCGUAGCGUGCUGGUGGUGACCAAUCACGAAGAUCCCAUCAUUUCCAUUUUCCAGUGUCCCGCAGAGUAGAGAAGCAGUUGGAGUCGUUCAAGUCGUAGCAGCAGCGCCGGUCGGACGCCGUCAGUCGCGCCAUGCGGCUGGGAACUGGCAUUUAAAGACAGAAAGAAGGUUGAUUUACGAAAAGGGGACCGUUUAUUUUUGAUGAGCCACUUUUGAGUAAUGAAUUAUUUUUUACAUGGUGGUAGAGAGGCCUCGAGAUAAGGCGGAAUGAUGGAGGUGACAGAUGUGUUUGGACUGCGGAGGGGGCACACGCUGAGUAAUGAGCUUUGCAGACGUCCACCUUCGGGAUCCCGGAGGUGGGAAGACGACUGAGGACUUCAGACGGGCUGUUUUUGCGCUUUGAAGGGGAGGCGAGGGCGUUCCAAACAUCUGUGGAUUCAAUGAAAACCCAAGCAUCCCCCCCUCCCCA